AUGGCGGCUCUUCGAGUCCAGAUUUUGCGGUCGUGUUCAUCAUCUCGUCCGAGAUUUCAUGCUAGCCUUUAUCGCUCCGCCAAUUUCAGAACGAGAAGCAUCUACCUUCGGAAGCUAACGAACAAGAUCGCAACCGAGGACCUCAAGCUGAAGCAAGAGAACGCGGCCACCGAGGGUAACGAGGACCAAGAGUUGGUGGUCGCCAAGCUUGUUGCCAUAGCCGAGGCUGUCGCUGACAGAGCCAACAUGCACGCGAUCAUCGGAGCACAGAGGAACAACUGGAAUCACCUCCUCACCAACUCCAUCAACUCCAUCACCCUCGUCGGCUCGCUCAUGGCGGGAGUCUCAUCGAUGCAGGCUGGAGGUGCAACGCCGCAGCUGCUGCCGCUGAAGAUAGCGUCCGUUCUACUGUUCGGCACGGCGACCGGAAUGAUGCUGAUCGUCAACAAGAUUCAGCCUUCCCAGCUGGCCGAGGAACAAAGAAAAGCAACGUGGAUGUGGAAACAACUCGAGAGAUCGAUCCACGACGCUCUCUCCCUGCGAGCUCCCACCGAGUCGGACGUCGACGACGCCAUGGACAAGGUGCUCGCUCUCGAGAAGGCGUAUCCCCUCCCUCUGCUCCCCGGAAUGCUCGACAAGUUCCCGGACAAGGUGGAGCCCACACGUUGGUGGCCGAAGCUCCGACAGAGGCAGACGGAAGCGCAGCGCGGACGCACGAACGGAGCAGAGAGGAAUGGUUGGAGCGAAGAACUGGAAGAAGAGAUGGCGGGCCUUCUCAAGGUUCUGAAGCUGAAAGACGAGAAACAAUAUGUGACGGUGGGGAAGGCGGCCUUGAACAUCAACAGGGCUUUAGCUACCGCAGGACCGAUAUUUGCCGGCCUCGCUACCAUCGGAUCUGGAUCGAUAGGCGCUUCGGCUCUGGGGCCGCUGCCGGCGCUGCUUGCGGUGGCGGGAGGGUCGCUGGCGGCUGUGGCGAACACGUUGGAGCAUGCGGGGCAGGUGGGGAUGGUGUUCGAGCUGUUCCGGAACAAUGCCGGCUUCUACAGGUGGCUGCAAGAGGAAAUCGAGUUGAAUCUGGGGGAGGAAGAUGUGGAGAAGAGGGAGAACGGGGAGCUGUUCAAGUUGAAGCUGGCUUUGCAGCUCGGAAGGAGCCUCGCCGAGUUCAGAGACUUUGUGCCGUAUGCUACUGCUUCAUGUAAAGAUGAAGAUAUCAAGGUGUGUGCCGGGAAGCUGUUCUAA